AUGACAAACAAUGAGGGAAGCCGCGCUUCACAGAGGAGAAUGGUUGAGGGUGAGUCAAGCAAUGCAAGAGAGACAAGGCUUAAGAUGCAAGCCGAUUUGAAGAGGAUGGAUCAGAGGAUGGAAGGGUCUGAUGCAGAGGAGUAUGUCUACUCUGAGGAACAAUCUGAGAGUGAGAGGCUGAGGGAAGAAAGGAGAACCAAGAAGAGGAAUGACCCUAUAAGUAGUGAGAGUGAGCAAGGGGAGUUUGAGAUUGGAGUGAACUUUGUUCAAGAGGGGGGAAAUGGCUCUCCAAAUGAGGAAGGCAGUGAGGAAACUGAGAGUGAUGAGGAGGGAGAAAAGGUGAACCAAUUGGUUGAUGAAGAUGAUCAAGAGGGGAACCAAGAUGAGCCAAUGGAAGAGGUUGAGGAAGAGCAAGAGGAGGAUGAGCUCCCCAUGUACUGA